UGAGGUGGUGUCCCAAGCGACAGCACAUCACAGCAUCCUCAACAGCAUAUCGCACAUCCAUACCGUCUAUGCUCAAGUCUCAAUCCCAGCACAUCCCUUGAGCAUGCAGUCGUGCUUGCUUUGUCGAAAUCUCGGUGUGCUUUGAUAGGCCAGUUGGAAGGAGCAGGCAUGCUGUGGCUGAGGAUCAGCACAGUGAAGUGGUCAAGAGGUGGAUAAACGAACUUGUGAUUGGUCAAGGCUUUUGCCCGUGGGCCGCACCUGCAAAGAGUGCAGGAAGCAUCCGGAUUGCUAGCAGCCAGGAAGCAACAGAAGAAGGGGUGCUUGGAGACCUCCUUUCAGAGGCACGCGAGCUACAAAGCAGCCAACUUGAGGGUGCUUUGGAGGUCCUUCUUUGCACUCACAAGUAUGUCACGUCGGUCAUGUGUUGCUGGGCUGUGCUUGGCUUGUGUCCACAAGUGCCAUCCUGGAGAGCUGGCUGGAGAGGAUUCCAGACCUUUUCAAAGUUCUUCCAGCAGCGGUUGCAAGGCGGACAGGCAUGGCUUCAAUCUGAAGGGGUAAGGGUCCAGCUCUCGAAUCUUCAGCAACACUUCUGAAGAGCUUUGACUUUAGCUCACGCCUGUCCAUCUCUCAGAGCUUGGCAAAAUCAGGGUACUCAAGACUUCAUGUUUUUUCACGCUGCUGCAGCUUAGAAGAUGCCACUGCAGCUUCAUUGAGCACAAUGAACAGAAAAGGCCUCAAACAGAUCCGCAACUCGGAAACAGCGACGUAGGUUUAAAUGGGCCGCGCAUGUCGUAUUCCAUUGCUGGUGGGCCUUGUGAAUUUGUGCGCUCCAAUUUUCACGACUUUUGUGCAGCCAAGGUUUAAUUUCCAGACAGUUUUGAGACUUGGACCACGCCAGGCAGGAUUUGACGAUGCUCUUGACCGAUUUCCACAGCGUGGUGGUGUCAUGGCCAGUGAUUUGGAGAGCCCAGUGAGGGAAUGGCCAGGAAGGCGAGGAAGGCGAAAGGGAGGGUAUCAAAGGUACCGCGAAGAGCAGGAUCAAAGGCUUUGGAAUGAUCAAAGGAAUCAAAGGAAUCAAAGGGAUCAAAGGGAUCAAAGGGAUCAAAGAUCAGUUCGCAGUCCUCGAAGCCGCUUUGAAGAUGAUCUCACUCCCGAGGAGCGAGAGCAACGUUUCAGGUUUCAAAUCCAAAGCCCUGUGACUCUUACAACAUUCAUCAAGAGGUCAGAGACACAAGAGCAGCUGAUGUGGACCAUUACAACUGCCAUGGAUGAGGGGAUGCUCAAUCACAUUCAUAUAGCUGCAACCUUCAACAGAUUGGCAUCCUUGAAAAAGAAAGCUCCCCUGACGGCUAAGAUUUUGCGGAGCCCUACAUUGGUUCUUUUGGCCAGGCAAGCUGCCAGAGUUGCUGACCGAAGGGAAUUUAGAGCUCGGGAGCUGGCAAGUAUGCUGAUGUCUUGUGCUGCCUUGAGAACGGAUUUGCCCUGGCUCGCAGAGGAAUUGGGUACCUCUUUGGCAAAGUGGGUUGCAACUUAUGCUAAAGAAAUGAACCCACAUGCUCUUGCCAACACGGUGUAUGGCCUUGGCGUUUUGAACCUGGGGGAUUCUCCAGAGGUGACCUCUGCAAUUGAGAGCUGCACCAAACAGAUACCAAUGCAACUGGGCCGCUUUUCUAGCAUGGACGUGGCACAAGUGUCAUGGGGGAUUGGAGCGCGAGAUAGACAUGAUGGUGCCAGCGAUCUCAUGGCGUCACUUGCACAGUGGGUCACUGUUGAGGCUGCAACGUUACCAGAUGCAGCUGCAUUUACAGAUCUACCAAUGAUUGCAUUGUCUUUUGUCCGAUUGCAGAAUUGGCAGCCAAAGAUGAUGGAAGCAAUUGCAAAUCGACUUGUCAACCACCUUGCUGAAAUAAGGCUUUGGAGCUUAUCUGCUUUGCUUUGGUCCUGGAAAUCUUCGUCCUUUGAGCCUGAUGAUGCUUAUAGCACACGUUUCCUGGAAACGCUGAUGUGUGCAGCCAAAGCCCGGAGAAUAAGGCAGGAGGAUAUUGAUCGCGCCCCAGAGGGCCCCAAAGGUGAAACUCGAAAUUCUUGGUCGAGCGGCACUUAUCGAGGGCUCAGAGUGAUAGAGAAAUUCUAGCGAGUGUUUAAGUGCACGGGAGGGCUCCUAAUCAAUUGCCGAGGAGUCGGUGUCCAGUCUACUUUGCCCAGUGCAAAAGAGGAUUGAGGGGUUGGUUCUCUAUUUAAAAUACCAUGUCUAAGUGCCUUUGUUGUUUUUAGAACAAAAGCUGCCAGCCACAGGGAAGCAGCAGCCUUGUUGUUAUUGUGGGGAAGCAGGGGUGCAAUACUGAAUCCUG